AGCCAGGGCGGCAGCGGACUGCCUACCCCGGAGGCCGGCGCGGGGGAUCAGCACAGCGUGUUCCCGCCAGCUUUCUCCACAUCCCGGUCUGCGAGUCCAAGUGUCCUGGCAGCGCACCUCCCAGCGAGAAUCGGGAGGACAAGGAGACAGCAAGGAUAGGCCCAGGAGAAAUGGAAUCCAAAGAGGAACAAGUGGUAAAAAAUAUCAACUUGAAAAAUACCAACCAGGAAAAUGAAAAAAUGGAUGAAAAAGAACAAGAUGCUAAUAAAGGAGAGCCCUUGGCCCUCCCUUUGGAAGCUGGUGAAUAUUGUGUGCCUAGAGGAAAUCGUAGGCACUUCCGUGUCAGGCAGCCCAUCCUGCAGUAUAGAUGGGACAUGAUCCAGAGGCUUGAAGAGCCGCGGGCAAAGAUGAGAGAAGAGAAUAUGGAAAGGAUUGGGGAGGAGGUGAGACAGCUGAGGGAAAAGCUGAGGGAAAAACAGUUGAGUCAUAGUUUGCGGGCAGUUAGCACUGACCCCCCACACCGUGACCAUCAUGAUGAGUUUUGCCUUAUGCCUUGAAUCUUGAUGUUUUCCCUGACGUUAAUAGGGAGACACCUGCUUUCUAAAUUUAAAUGUUCAUGAUGUACCUUUGUUGUAAACCUUUUCAUGUCACUCGUUUCUGGUGGGUCUCUUAUUACCAGCUUCUAGUUGAAUGUUGUGUUUUUGACCCAGUCGGUAAGAUUUUGUUAGUGGGAGAAUUUUACCUAUUGCAUGGAAAGAUGUGCAUUAUAUAUUGUGAAGUUAAUAAAGCAGUUUAAAA